ACGACGACCCAGGACCCCGCGGCCGUUCCCGGUGCGGGGCGACCCAUCGGCGCCAAGGCGGGGGGGGUGGUAGCCCCUCCGGGCUCCCUCAGCGGGGUCGCGCCCGGGCAGGAGGAGGCUCUGCGCGGCGCCCCGAGGAGAGAGGACGGGGAUCUGGAACUCGCGAGGUGCGGCCGCCCUCAGACUGGGUGUGGGAUGGCCCCCGAGGCGAGGACAACGGGCUCGGCCUCCCCUCCGCGCCAUGGCUCGGCCCUGUUUGAAGCCAGCCCUCCUCAGGCUCUCUCCAUGAGCGAGCUACAGCAAAUAACUGAUGAUAUUUCCAAACUGACCAUUGUGCACGAAAUUGUGCUCGACGGUGACUUCAAACUGCAAGCAGCCAGCUUCUCCCCAAAAAGCCUGGAAAACAGAGUGAAGGAGACAUUGCACAAAGCCUUUUGGGACAGCCUGGAGGAACAGCUCUCCGCUAGACCCCCAGACUACACUCGGGCCAUCCAGCUGCUGCAGGAGAUCAAAGAGGGCCUGCUGUUGUUGCUGCUCCCACGGCACCACCAGCUGCGAAGCCAAAUUGAAGAGGCCCUGGACAUGGAGUUGAUCAGGCAGGAGGCUGAGCACGGGGCUCUGGAUAUCCAUGGUCUCACCACGUACGUCCUUGGCACGAUGGCACGGCUGUGCGCGCCCAUUCGGGAUGAGGAAGUGCAAGGGCUGCAGAGCCUCACAGACCCAGCUCAGCUUCUCAGGGAGAUUUUCCGUGUGUUGGGCCUGAUGAAAAUGGACAUGCUGAAUUUUACUGUCCAGAGCAUCCGCGCCCACUUGCAAGACCACACCAUCCAGUAUGAACGGAAGAAAUUCCAGGAACUCUUGGAUAAGCUGCCUAACUGCCUGGAUCACACCAGAGAGUGGCUGCGCAAAGCGGCAGCAGAAGUGUCCGUGUCCUCUCCACAGCCCCCCCCCCACCCUGCAGGCAGCAGUGGCACAGUGGUGCCAAGUCUCACGUCCGUGCUAAAUCGAGGGUACAUGAAUCUGCUCUCCUGGCAGCCUGGGCAAAAGGAAUACCCUGAGACACUGUUUAUGGAUCAGGCCCGGCUGCAGGAGGUACAAGCGCAGGUGAACCAGCUCACCAUCAUAGCUGCAGUCCUGCUGGUCACCAGUGGCAUGUGUGGAAGCACCUUAUUUGGCUCACCUGGGUUUGUAGCUAAGCUGAAACGGGUAACAAAGGUCCUCUUGGAAGGGCUGUCCUCUACCAGGUAUGAAGCAGCUUUAGAAGACAUCAGCGACCAAGUGCUGCAGGAGGUCAGCAGGGCUCUGGCACAGCUGGGUUACCCCGCUUUUACCACGGACAAAUGUGCUUCCCUGAAAGGCCAGAUAAAAAGCAUCGCUGAGACGGGCAACGCAGUCCGGCAGGUCAUGGAGCAGCGGAUUCAUUCCUUCCUCAGCCUUUUCAUUUCCCCCGAUGGACAGAAUUCACAAAAAGAUUUCCCAAAGGGCCUUGAUCCCAUUCAGGAAGAGCUGCUGGAAGUCGGGCGCAGGUUUGGGAGCGUGAUCCACCACAACAGGCAGGUGUUUGGACCUUACUACGCGGGAAUUCUCCGGAAGGUGCUUCUCCCAAACGCAGAACCAGACUCGGACACAGGGAUGGGUUCCCUCUGAUCAUCUUCAGCGCAAACCAGGCAGGAGUGGAAGGCAUUCUCCAAGAGUUUCUGAAAUCAUGCUUCAGCUUGUAAAAAUCAAUCAGACAAAUCCACCGGGGCCAGGGCUGCUACUGGGAAGUGACUCUUGGCAUGUCAGCAUCUGAAUAAACCUCUCAACUACAAAAAGUUGUGGCUUUUUUCCCAAAAAACGUUAUUUGGUGGGGAAGGCAAUGAGAUGCGGAGCUCAUAAAACUGAGGUGCAACUUAAGCUUUUUUUAAUUCAAGGUGUUAAUUCUGCCAUGGGCCCGUAACCUACUUUGCUGAAACAUUAGUCACAGCCCAGGGACGCUGUUUGCAUUUGAUAAAGCCACAUGGUAUUUAAAAUCAUUAAAACUCCUCAAUAUAUUUCAGUGUUAGCUUGGAAACCUGACUUACUGAAUUAUUAGAAAUGGAACAUAUGGUAUAAAUUUAGAAAUCCCUGGUGUAUUUAGUAUUUUACAUCAGCCAGAUUUUACUUGACAUGAAAAUGUGAACUUUAACCUGUAUUUAAAUGUCUGGAUUUCUUGUUCUAAUUUUACAUAAUGAAAACGUCCUACUUCUUGGCAAGCCCAAAAAGCUUUGCUGGGUGAAUACAAUGGCUGCCCAAACCUUUAAGAGUUGUUACAUGAACCAUGUGCUGCAGGAAAGUGAUUUUAGCAUUUAUCAUGAGUAAAUCUGGGUCCUGACAGUGGAACAAUUUUGGCAGAUGGACAUUAAUGGGGCUAAAAAUGAGCUUCUCACCAUCCUGUGAGAACGUACCCAAAGCGGUUGGCAACCGUUCUGCUACAGGUAGGGCUACCUUCAACAGAAUACGUGGAUGUCUUUUUAUGCGUUUUUCUCUAAAUAAUUUAGUAUUUGGGGUCGUUAUGACUAACUGCUAAAAGAGCAGCCUCAGCCAAAGCCUGUUCCGCUGCCAGAGAACCACAGCAGGACCAGGCCCAGCUCAUCCGCGUCCCGCGCUCCACCUCCACCCUGCGCAACGCCCCGACCUCCUCUCCUUCCUGGGAUUUCCAAAGUGCAGGUACAGCCCUGGGCUGAGCUAAUUAAACACCAAAUUAACUACCUGCCCUCACUCCUCCUUCUCUUACCUUCCCAGGUUUUUCAGACGAGGACGGCGUCGCUUUAACCAGGAUGAGCAGGAGACUCCGGUUUAACGCUGAGGUCGCAGUGACAACAGCGUAAAUGUGUGUCUAAGGUUGUUUAUUAAUUCAGUCUGUUCUAAGUUGUACAAUUAUGAAAACAACAAAACGACUGCUGGAAGCCCAGGAAUAUUUACAAUCUCGCCUUGUUGUAGUGAGGUCAGUCUAUGUCGUUGCACAGAUUGGGUUAUGUUUGGUACCACAAGAUGUUUAAAAUUCAGACAAAUUUGAACAGAUUAACAAUUGUAUAUACAGGAAAUAAAAGGAAAUUCAAGUAUCAAAAUACA